AUUUUGAUUAAAAGAGGGCGCUCGAGGUAAACAAAUCGAAAUUGGAUCUUGUACAGUAUAUAGUAGACAGAUGCCACCAAGAUAAUGUUUGUAAAUACGAGUUUUUCUUUUAUUAAACGUAUUGCAAAUAUUAUAGGCAAGAACUAUAACAAUUCUGGGUUACUACCCUGUCAGAAAUGGACCAACUUUUGCACAAGCUCAUGUUUGAAUUCAAGUAUUGGUGACGAAUAUCUAGGCUCAUCAAGCAGGCAAUCUGGCUUUACACCUCGGCGAGCAGUGUUGUACGUACCCGCCAGUGAGCAGAACAAGUUAGAAAAGUUAAAGGGCUUAGCAGUAGAUUGUGCUGUAAUGGAUUGCGAAGACGGAGUUUCCAUUAAUAGAAAGGAUGUUGCCAGAGAAAACAUCAGGAUGGCACUGGACUCUUUAUCUGCUCCUGGUGUAACUGAUUUAGCUGUCAGGAUCAAUGCCAUGGAUUCCGGAAUUGCAGCAGAUGAUCUGGCAGUAAUUUACAAAGCUUCAAACUUACCAAAAACGGUCAUGCUUCCAAAGGUCAAUAGCAAAGGUGACCUGCAUUUGUUUUCAGAAAUGUUUGUGGACAUUUUGAAGACCAGGCAAUGUCCAGAUUAUAAGGCUAAGCUUGUGAUAUUUGUUGAGAGUGCUAUCGGUCUUCUAAACUUGAGGGACAUCUUAGCAGAGGGCAUUGAACUAUCUAAGACUGUACCAUUUCAUCUUGAAGGGGUUGUGUUUGGAUCAGAUGAUUUUUGUGCUGACAUAGGUGCAAGUAGAACAGAAGAUGCCAAAGAACUGUUGUAUGCACGACAAAAAGUGGUUUUAACAGCAAAAGCAUUUGAAUUGCAGGCAGUCGACCUUGUUCACAUCAACUUUCGCGAUCUGGAGUCACUUGAGAAGCAGUCAUUGGAGGGUGCUGGAAUGGGGUUCACUGGCAAGCAGGUUAUCCACCCCAGUCAGGUAUAUAUUGUUCAGAAAGCAUUUAGUCCGUCAGCUGACAAGGUUGAAUGGGCCCAAGAACUUAUUAAAGCAUUUGAAGAUCAUGAACGCUUAGGGAAGGGUGCAAUGACAUUUCGUGGCAGUAUGAUUGAUAUGCCAUUGGUUCUACAAGCCAGAAACAUCUUGCGUCUGGUGAACAUGAGUGAUGAUGCGACACAAAGGUGACAGAAUUCACAGAGAAUGAAUUUUUAUUCAAAAAUUUGAUUUAUUUUAUUGACAGAUAUAAUACAUU